AAACGGUAGGAGGUAGCGGUCCACGGCACCACACGUGCGGUGGCACCACCAGUUUCUCUCUCUAGCUCUCGGCAGUGAACCUCCUCGUCAGUACAGUAGAGAAGAGAGAUGAAGCGCGGCGGGGAAACCAGCCCUCGUCACAUGACGGGAGGCAGUCUAGUCAGCCAGUGGACGAAGAUAGCCGGCGUCGUCUGCUCCUACUGGUUCAUCUCCAUAUCCAUGGUCUUCCUUAAUAAAUACCUCCUCAGCAGCAAGACAUUGAAGCUGGAUGCUCCUCUGUUCAUCACAAUGACCCAGUGUGCUGUAGCGGUUGUGGUGUUCACGUUUCUGGCGGUCAGCAGCAAAAACUAUGACUUCGUUUCCUUCCCCGAGAUAAACUUCAGCAUUGCCACUGCUCUCCAGGUCUUGCCCCUGUCGGUGGUAUUUGUCUCAAUGAUAACAUUCAACAACCUGACCCUCAAGUUCCUGGGUGUGGCAUUCUACAACGUUGGCCGCUCCCUUACCACAGUCUUCAAUGUGGUGUUCUCAUAUGCAGUUCUGGGACAGACUCUCUCGGUGCAGGUCAUCACGUGUUGUGCAAUCAUCGUGUCGGGAUUCCUACUGGGCAUCAAGGAAGAGCACUCCAGUUCCACUGACGACCAGAGCCACGCCGGGUUAUCUGUGUCUGGUAUCGUCUGCGGUAUCCUCGCUUCACUCUCCGUCGCACUCUACGCCAUCUAUACGAAGAGGGUUCUACCCAUCGUAGACAGCAACAUCUGGAGACUCCAGUUCUACAAUAACCUGAAUGCACUUCUCCUCCUCAUCCCUCUCGUCCUCAUAAUGGGGGAGGUCGGGACCCUCCGCAGCUUCCGGUUCUGGAACAACCCAAUGUUCUGGGGGUUGAUUGUAACGGCUGGCGUGUUUGGCAUCGCCAUUGGCUACGUGACUGCCCUGCAGAUCCAGGUCACCAGUCCACUGACACACAACGUGAGCGGAACUGCAAAGGCAGGGGCUCAGACCGUCCUGGCCUGUGCCGUGUUCUCCGAGACUAAAUCUGGAUGGUGGUGGUUGAGUAAUGCUAUGGUGCUCGCAGGAUCAUCGGCCUAUACUUACGUCAGGAUGUCGGAGAUGAAGAAGAGCAAUGGUAAUGGGGUUGGUAAUGGAGGGGCAGGGGGAGGCAAAGAGGGGAAGAAGACACUGUUAGUAAUGGAACAGGACAGUGAGGAGGGGCCUGUUCCUAAGCCAUGACAUGUUGUUGUUCAUCCUAACACUCUCAACAACAUGCACAACUUUAUAGAGGUUUUUUAAUGUUUUUUUCUGCAACAAUGAUGACGAUAUCAUACAGUCUGAGAGUCAGCAGUGAAAAAUGUGACUUGUCCGUUGAUAGUGGCCGUUGCCAGCAUGGGAGAUAGAGGGUGGAAGGUCACAGAGGUCACAGUGUCCGAAUGGCCCGAAAGCUUGUGAAGAGGAGACAGGGUUCGAAGGUCGUAGAUGUAUGC